AAACCAUGCCCCCAAAAGCAGCACGCAAGAUAGCUGGAGCCAGGAAACCCGCUAAACCUCGUGCAGCCGUAGAUCCGUCCAAGCCAGAGGAACCCAAAGACCUGAUUUAUGUCAGGAACAUCCUCAACAACAAAGUAUACAAGCUUCGCAGCGCCACUUGUAUAUCCGGUCACCGGGCACCCAAAUGUCCUCCCACAAGACACCGCGACAAAAUCCUGUUCAGGCGUCCAGAGCCAGGAAGGCCUUCCAGACAGUGUGGCCAUGCAAAGCCGAGCAUUUGCGACUGCACGGCCAGCCGUAAUCUAUGCUGUAACCUGACACCUCAACAGUGGGAUGAGGUGAUAGCGGGUCAAGUUCCAUCGGCUGUCAUGUACGAAGACAGGGAAGCUCUCCAACAAGCAGAGAGAGCCGCAGAGCAGGCAGCAAUGAUGGAAGCUCAAGCGCGCGAACACACCCAAGCCAUGUUCGCAUACCAGCAACAACAGCACGCCAUGCCGUUUCGACCAGCACCACACGGUAUCCAGUUCGGAUAUCCCGAAGCAGCAACGCUGUUCAAUCCUUAUCCGCCAUACCAGCCGCCACCACCAUACCAGCCUGCCUUUUUCGGAAGCCAACCUACUCAGACGAACUUCGAGCAACCUCAGUACCAGCCUCAGUACCAGCAGUUUGAGCAGCCACCACCCCAGCCUGCCUUCUUCGGAAGCCAACCUGCUCCGGUCAACUUUGGCCACCCUCAGUAUGUGCAUCAGUACCAGGACGCGCCGAUGCCAGUCAACAUGCAGGCGCUGGAGCAGUACGCUGCCGACAUGGGACGUCAAGAACAGAUAGCCGCACAGCCAUCAACAAACCCCUCGCAAUCGUGUUGUUCAAGGAAACAAACUCAGCCGCCUCCACCAUCUUUCAUCGGAACAGAACCAUCUCCUUUCAACCUGCCCGGUCCAAGUCCCAGGUCGCAAUUCCCAUGUCAAAGCUGUGCCUCGUUCCAAUGCACAUGCAUCACCUGUCCUGAGGUCAGACAAGUGUCCAGUGGUGCUUGGCAACAAAGUUGUGGUCGUGGUGGCCACAUCGACAACGUGGUUCUGCCCAAACAGGAGUAUCCGUCAGAGCCUGAAGAACCCGCAGCCUACGAAAAUGGUCUGCAAAGAUACGAACAACACAUCCAACAGCCCAUCCCCGACAUCCAACAACCCGCUAUGGAUAUUCAACAGCACAUCCCAAGCAAUCAAGAGCACACCUUGCAUGUCCAACAAUAUGCUACUCCUGGGCACUUUGACCAGACCUUCGAAUCUUUCUUUGACGACACGUCUGUCGACUUCCCACCACUCCCGGACAUUGAUCCUUCCCAGUUUCAGUCCGGAGGGUUUGAACAUGCCACGAACAUGCAUCUUGAAGGGCGCAUGCCCAACCAGAUUUCCGAUUUGACGGCCACAAUCUCCCAAGAUCUGCCUUUUGAGGACCUUGCGGACGCUUUUCCCCUAUCACCCGACUUCUUCCAACAAAAAAUGAAUCAACAAGGCAAACAA